UAAGCCAUCACAAAAUGUCCUAGCGACUUACAACUACAAUUAAACUUUGGUUCAUCAUGUCAGCAAUAACUAUUGCACUUCUAACGUUUCUCUGUUUAUUUUUAAUAGGCGGACAGGGCCAUGACCAGGUCAGCGCAAAUAAUGUGUCAAAACGAAACGUGAAUCUCAAUGGGAUUAAGAACUUGCUACUUGCGGAAAUUCGGCGCAAGAUUCCUAAGAAUAUCAAAGGCAAAAGUGGAAAUGUGAGAUAUACUCUUUCAAAAGUAAAAAUAAAUAAAUUACAACUGCCAAAAAGUGAUCUAAGAAUAAAGCGACUCAAUCCACUUACUGUGGAAUGGACGGCAAGAGACGGGGAAAUAAAAGGAGAGACGAACUGGUGGUUACGUUACAAGUCCUGGUUGGGGCAGUACACAGACCAAGGACACGUAUCGUUUUCAACAAAGAGAAUUGGAUUUAGUGUCACUGCUGUAUUAGCAGGGAACAGAAUUCGAGUAAGAAACUGUUUCAGCAAUCCCCCGUCAGUAGAUUUAAGAAUCAGAGGACGUUUAUGGAGUUGGAUCUAUCAGCUUGUGAUCAAGGAUUCUAAAAAUGAUUUCCGAAAAAUGCUUGCUGGAUCAAAUGGCCUGAUCUGUAAAUCAGUCAAAAGUCUGCUAAACCGCGGAGGAAAUGCUGUAUUGAAACUGUUUAACAAUUUCAAUGGUUAACAAUCUGAAGUUAUCAUUACAAGGUUACCUGGACAUCUGCAUCAACCAAACAAACAUUCUUGUAUAUUUGAUGAGAAUAAUAAAAAACAAUAAUACCUGCAAA